CUCAGUUUCCUUAUUGAUUUCUGUUCGUCUUGAGCAAUAUACAAAAGUUCUUGUCAGCUUCAUUGUUUGCUAUCAAGUUUAAAAAUUAUUUUUAUUCAGUAUGUUGCCGAAAAGUCCACGAAUUCGCCAAGGCAAACAGGCUGGUUUGACCAGAAUCCCUCAGAAGGGGUCGCCCAGAACCGUUUACUCCAAAUCUCUUCUUUCUGGACAGGCAAAGAAGCGCCCCAUUUUGGGACAGCGGAACUUGAAAAAGGAGAAUACCCUAGCAGAUAAAAGCAAGCAACAGUUGCAAAAAAUACCCGAUGCGGUGCUACUGACACCCUCUUCCUCGGACAACUCCUUGACCACCACAGUGUCUAGUUCUGGCCAAUCCAACUAUUCGGUUAUGCCAAAGGCCAGUCUGCUCCGAGAGCCCACCUCCUUGACCCCCUACUUGACCCUCAAGCGUCAGCAGACCUCGACUUUGAUCAAUUUUCGGGUGCGCAAAUCGCUUUCCCAAAUGGAUUUCAAAGAGGCGCGUCGCACGGGCAACUAUCAGUUGGUGGCCCAUGUGGGAUCGCCCAGGAAAUCUGUUCAGCCGAAGUCGCAGGAAGUGGAUGGUGACUCGGGGUUGGAGGCCAAGAUGGCCCGGUUGGUGCUGCAGGACAAUGCCCUAGUGGAAGGACAGAUGAGCUUUGUGGUUGGUCCAGAUCAGGAUGCCCGAGGGGCCAGCCUGAGAAUCUUUAACACCAUUAUGCUGCACGCUUGGCGCAGGAGGCGAGAAGAGGUCCGUCAUCUUACCGAUCAGGUGGAGGACUACAAAAAAAGUUUCGUUAAAAACCGCAACCAAUUGCACGUCUACAAUUCCCUCUUUUCCGUGGAGAAACGUCGCAACGAAACCUUGAAUGAUCAGCUAAGGCAGUCCUAUCGCGAAAAUGCUCAAACGAAACUGUCUUACGAAGAACUCAGUGUAGUGCUAGUGCAGAUCAGAACCGAAAAGGAGAAGCUUGCCGAAGAGCUGGCAACCAAGGACCGGGACAUUGAGAAUCUCCAGGAAAUGCAGCAGCACCUGAAGAGCGAACUCUUCCAGGUGCAUUGCCAACAGCGGGAGGAUCUUGAGCAGUUGACCCGUUUGCAACGCGAGUACCAGGCGAGCCAAUCCGCCCAGGAUGAACUGGUCCGCCAAUUGGAUCUGCUCCGAAUCGAUCUGACCAUUAAGCGUGACUUCAUUGACCAGUUACGCGAAAACGUGGCCAAACUGCAGGAUCUCAAGCGGGGAUCUGAGGAGCAGUUCAGCAAACUGCUUGAGCAAACGUUGAAGCUUGAGCAAGCAAUUAAGGAGAAGGAGGAGCAGCUGGUCACCCUCCAGAAUUGCUUGGCUGCCACUUUGGGGCAAAGGAUUCGCCAGUGCUUCGCCCAAAGCCAGGCCUAUCAGCAUGCCACCUAUCGCAUGCUGCACUUCGUAGCCCACUACAUGCUACCCGGUACUCCGCCACCUGGACCUUCGCUUCCAGGGGCGGUAAGCAGGCUGAAGGGUUUUUUUUUACGGGGCUCGCAACAUGAGUUGGACGAAGUAGAUGGUUUUAAAGAUCUGGAGGAGGUCGAUAAAGGUCAAGAACAAGAUAAAUUCACCUAAAAGUUAUUUUUAAUUCGUUGCUUAUAGUUAGUAUUUUUUGUUUUGGAUUUUCCAUAUUUUUCUUUAUGAUUUAUACAGUUUUUAAAU